AUGGACGCCCCCGCCGCGCGCGCCGCCGCCGCCUCCAGCUCGGCCACAAAGGGACCCCCGCCAGCCGCCAAGAAGACGCGCAACCGCAAGAAAAAAGGCCGCGGAGCUGCCCCGGCGCCUGCUGCAGUCGCUACCCCCGUUGCGACGCCAUCCUCCAGCCCGGAGGCGUUGGAGGAGGUCGAGUCCGGCUCGUCCAGAAGCGUGGAGGGCUCCACGUCCACGGCACGUCGCUCCUUCUCGCCGCUCAGCGGCAGCAGCAGCCAGAGAUGCAGCAGUGAAGAGGAGGAGGGCGAAGACUACGAAGAGGACGAGUACUCGUCCGAGAGCGAGGAGGAGGGCGAGAGCAGCUACAAACCCGGCGGCUACCACCGCGUGCAGGUCGGUGAAGUGUACAACUCGCGGUUCGAGGUGCUGGAGAAGCUCGGCUGGGGCCACUUCUCCACUGUGUGGAAGUGUCUGGACCGCCAGACGGGCGCCAUGGUGGCGAUGAAGGUGCAGAAGAGCGCUCGCCACUACACGGAAGCUGCCAAGGACGAGAUCGAGCUGCUGGAGUGCACCGUGAAGGCGGCGCGGAAGGAGUUCAAGUCGGUGGAGCAGCAGGAGGUGAUCAAGGUGGUUCGGCUCGUGGACUCGUUCGAACACAAGGGACCGAAUGGCGUCCACGUGUGCAUGGUGUUCGAGAUGAUGGGGGAUAAUCUGCUGACGCUGAUCAAGUACUACAACUACCGGGGAGUGCCCAUGCCUCUCGUGCAGCGUCUGACGAGGGAUAUGAUGGAAGGACUGGCGUUCCUGCAUAGCAAGUGCCAGAUCAUCCACACAGAUCUGAAGCCCGAGAACGUGCUGCUCUCACACCACAUCCCUCAGCUCCCGAAGAUCCGCAAGUCGCAGUGGGAAGAGUUCCGUGCGAUGCGCCUUGCCCGGCGGCAAAAGGGGGCAAAGGCGUCUAAAAGCGGGGCCAAGGCGGGCGCCAACGCCCAGCCUGUUACAGCAAACUCAGCUGUAGAUGGCGCAGAGCUGUCGAAAGAAGAGAAGAAGCGUCUGAAGAACAGACUCAAAAAGAAGCGGCAAAAGCAGAGGAAGCAGGCUGAAUGUGGAGACCGGGAAGCCUCUGUCGACGGUGGUAUUGGCAACGAUAAGCUCGAUAGCCCAGCACGCCCCACGCUCGCAACCAGCACUUCUCAGGAUGUCGAAAAGCUGAGCGCCACCUUGUCCCAACUCGCGGUAUCAAAUGGUGCUGGUAAUAAUGGAGCAACCGACCACGUCUUCAAGGCAAACUUCUCUGGGCAGGAUGACGACGCUGUGGCGGAGGAUUCGUCGGAACGGACAUGGUACCACCAGAUUGGAGAGACAGGCGAUGAAGAAGACAAGGACUGGGUGCAUUUGCCUCCCGAGUUUGCAGCGCGAGUGAUGCUGCUGCUCCCUGAGGGCCGCGUGGCUGGCUCUAAACGGAAGGAGCGCGAAUUCACGCUGCGUGUGUCAUCAAAGGCGGCUGGUGAAACAACGAACAAUCACGACCUCGAAGACGAAGACGAAGUUGUGGAGACUUCGUUUGUUCUCCGGUAUCUUGACCACGUGGAUGAGGACGUGGUGGAAUCGAUCGAAGAACAGGUCAUGCAGUUGCGUGAAGGCAGUUCUCCUAAAAAGACUGUUGCUUCGACCAAGGCGAAGUACCGACUGUGGAGAUUGGAGUUUGAUGCAAGAUACACGCACGCUGUCUUGGACUAUCUGGAGCGUCGUGUCGAGGGCCUUCGCUUCAUGAACUUGUCGACAUCUUCUGGCUUAGCGCUUCCUGGGUUCUUUCUUCCAGCUCCACCGUGCAACGAAGAUAUUAAGACCGCAGCAAAGUCCAAGACUAAGGACGCUGCCACUGACGAUGACAUGCUCGACGUCGUAAUACAGGGAAUUAACCUCGUGCCGCUGGCUGGAUCUGUGGACAAGAAUGUUCUGGAAGCCAAGCCGCUUCAGGAACGACUCGGUCGCUGGGCUUCACGCUUCAACAAACUCGCCAACAGCGAAAUGUUCGACCUCAUGAAGCUUGACUCGAAGAUCUGUGACUUGGGCAACGCGUGCUGGACGACGAAGCACUUCACGAACGACAUCCAGACACGUCAGUAUAGGUGUCCUGAGGUCAUCCUGGGCAAACGAUACGACACGUCUGCGGACAUUUGGUCCAUGGCCUGCUUUGUGUUCGAGCUAUUGACUGGAGACCUCCUUUUCGACCCCAAGACUGGACGCAACUUCAAUCGUGACGAGGAUCAUUUGGCGCAGAUGAUUGAGCUGCUAGGUCGCAUGCCCAAGUCCUUCACCGGGUGCCAGCGCGGCUUGCGUGAGUUUUUCAAUCGCAAGGGCGAUUUGAAGCGUAUUCGUAACCUCAAGUUCUGGAGCCUGCAGCAAGUGCUUAUGGAGAAGUAUCACUUCUCGCGUCACGAUGCUGAAUGCCUUUCAUCCUUCCUGGGUCCGAUGUUUCGCUACGACCCAGCCAAGCGUGCUACGGCUGAAGAGUGCCUCGCGCACCCGUGGCUUGCUCACGUGGAUGAUGCGGUGAAGGAGGAAGUCGCUGGCAGCAAGGAGCAGCGCAAGUAG